AACAAAAGCAAUUCGAAAUAUGUCUGACUAAACACUAAACACAUAUUCUGGAGACACACCUUGGGCCCAUCAAGCGUCCGAAACUGAAUAAUCGGACAAUAAAUCACACACCAGUACCUGAUCAAUGUGGCAACACAGCUGCGAUCAAACCCUUGUCAUCCAUGCGAUGAUUUAAUCAAAAAAAAAAAAAAAAAAGAAAUAUGUCUGACGCUGUGGACGAAUUGUUGGCGGGACUGGUGGCCAAUCGCCAGACCAUGCAAAGACAGGCGGCCACCAUUGACGAUAUCAUGGAGAAGUCGAACAACACCCUGAUCCAUAUCGAGUCGCAAAACAAAGCCCUGGCACCCACCACAGCUGCGCCGGCGGAUCAAAAGGUGUACAACGUGAAGCCGGACUGUAAGCUGGCGCUGUUUAAGAUAUUGGAGGGCUUUAAUCAGCUGAAGCAGCAGAACAGCGUCGAGCGGGAGGACAAGGGCAGCUACUUGGAUGGCUGUCUGGCUUUCAGUCAGCGCGUCGAGCACUUGGGCAGUACUGUGCGCAAGCUGGUGGCCCUGUGCGACACUGUCCACCAAAUGAAGGCCCACCAGGAGGAACUCGAGGCAGAGGAUCAGGACUCGCCGUAGUAUUUAUUGUAAAAUAGUUAAAUAAUAAUAAAUAAUGUAUUUCAA